AUGGAUUUGGGAUCCUGGAAAUGUCUGCUGAUUGUUCUUGCAGGAUUUUCCAUGUUCCGUAGCUUCUGUCAUUCGGAGAAAGCUCCAUAUUACACAUUUGUUCAUGAAGCAACCUCAGCACCACAUAUCCUAUACUAUGAUUACAUAAUCAUCGGAGGAGGAACCUCAGGCUGUCCACUGGCUGCAACUCUGUCGCAAGAUGCAAGCGUCCUAGUCCUCGAAAGAGGUGGCUCGCCGUAUGGAAAUCCCAAAAUAACCAACAUUGCUAACUUUGCCGAUUCGCUCUCCGACACCUCUCCCGAUUCGGCUUCCCAACAAUUCAUCUCCGAGGAUGGAGUCUAUAACGCUCGUGCACGCGUCUUAGGCGGCGGAAGCGCCUUGAACGCAGGAUUUUACACUCAUGCGAGUGCUGAUUACGUGAAGAAAGCCGGUUGGAACCCAGAAUUGGUCGAUAGGUCUUAUGCAUGGGUUGAGAGCAAGGUGGCCUUUGAGCCACCGGUGCUGCAAUGGCAAUCAGCUGUUAGAGAUGGGUUGCUAGAAGUUGGAGUAUUGCCUUACAAUGGCUUUACGUAUGAUCAUAUUCAUGGGACUAAAGUUGGAGGGACAAUUUUUGAUAGGGAUGGUCAUAGACACACCGCUGCUGAUUUGUUAGAGUAUGCUGAUCCAAGGAAUAUUUCAGUUCUUUUGCAUGCUACCGUACAUAAGAUCUUGUUUACAGAAACAGGAAAACCAAGAGCUUAUGGUGUGAUUUUUGAAGAUGCGUUAGGGUUCAGGCACAAGGCAUACUUGGGAUCAAGAAGCUCCAAGAAUGAGAUAAUCUUAUCAGCAGGUGCACUAGGAAGCCCACAACUACUGAUGCUAAGUGGUGUUGGACCUGCCAACCAUCUUCAAGCUCAUAGCAUCUCAGUAGUGGUGGAUCAGCCCAUGGUUGGUCAAGGGAUGGCUGACAAUCCAAUGAAUCUUUUGUUCAUUCCCUCCCCUCUCCCAGUUGAAGUCUCACUCAUCCAAGUUGUGGGCAUUACCAAGUUUGACAGCUAUAUCGAAACAGCUAGUGGUUUGAGCUUUGCUUACUCUUGGGUUCACAAGUUUGUAAGGGAAUAUGAGUUGCAUUUAAAUGAGACAGAUCAGUCCUCUGCAGUGACACCAGAAGCCAUGUCAAGAGCUAUUGAAACCUUAAAUUCCCUUGUGACUGGAACUCUACAGGGUGGAGUUAUUCUUGAGAAAAUUAACGGUCCACUCUCCACGGGUGAACUCAAGCUGGUGACUACAAAUCCACAUGAUAACCCUUCUGUCAAAUUUAACUACUUCAAAGAACCAGAGGACUUAAACAGGUGCGUUCAAGGCAUGAAAACCAUUAUAGAUGUAGUAAAUUCGAGAGCGUUUUCAAAAUUCCGUUACAAAUAUAUGCCAGUGAAAGCUCUCAUUGACUUGAUGCUGAACUUGCCUGUGAACCUGAGACCAAGACACUUCAGUUCAGCAAUUUCCUUGGAACAAUUCUGCACAGAUACUGUCAUGACCAUAUGGCACUACCAUGGAGGCUGCCAAGUGGGCAAGGUUGUCGACUACGAUUACAAGGUUCUCGGUGUGGAUGGACUAAGGGUUAUCGAUGGUUCCACAUUCAUCGCUUCACCUGGGACUAAUCCUCAAGCUACAGUUAUGAUGCUCGGAAGAUACAUGGGGAGGAGGAUUCUGUAUGAGAGACUUAAAGAAGGGACGAAGUAG